CUCCAUUGACUCACUCGACGGUCACACCCACCAAGGUCCCCCUAUUCCAUACAUCUAAGCCUUCAUCAUGUGCGACGACGAAGAAGCCGCAACUCUCAUUUGCGACAAUGGGUCGGGAAUGGUGAAGGCUGGCUUUGCCGGUGAUGACGCCCCUCGAUGCGUCUUCCCUUCCAUCGUAGGUCGUCCCCGUCACCAGGGUGUGAUGGUCGGUAUGGGUCAGAAGGACGCCUAUGUCGGCGAUGAGGCCCAGAGCAAGAGAGGUAUCCUCACCCUCAAGUACCCCAUCGAGCAUGGUAUCAUCACCAACUGGGACGAUAUGGAGAAGGUCUGGAACCACACCUUCUACAAUGAGCUUCGCAUUGCUCCUGAAGAAUCACCAACUAUGCUCACUGAAGCUCCCCUUAACCCUAAGGCCAACAGGGAGAAGAUGACUCAGAUCAUGUUCGAAACCUUCAACAUGCCCGCCAUGUACGUCUGCAUCCAAGCCGUCCUCUCCCUCUACGCCUCUGGCCGUACCACUGGUGAAGUCUGCGAUUCUGGUGAUGGAGUCUCCCAUAUUGUUCCCGUUUACGAAGGUUUCUCGCUCCCUCAUGCUAUUCUGCGUUUGGAUUUAGCUGGGCGAGAUAUAACCAACUAUCUCGGUAAAAUCAUGACUGAGCGUGGCUAUUCUUUCACUACUACUGCUGAGCGCGAGAUUGUUCGAGAUAUUAAAGAAAAGCUGGCAUACAUAGCACUGGAUUUCGAGGCAGAGAUGAAUACUGCCGCCGCUUCGUCAACUGUAGAUAAAUCGUACGAACUUCCAGAUGGCCAGGUCAUCACUAUCGGCAAUGAGCGUUUCCGUGGCCCGGAGACACUCUUCCAGCCUUCCUUCCUGGGUAUGGAAUCUGCUGGUAUCCACGAGACUGUCCAUCAGUCUAUAAUGAAGUGUGACAUCGACAUCAGGAAGGACUUGUUGGCGAAUAUCGUCUUAUCUGGUGGUACGACCAUGUACGCUGGUAUUGCUGACAGGAUGCAGAAGGAAAUCACUGCUCUUGCUCCCUCCACAAUUAAAGUCAAAAUCAUCGCGCCUCCUGAGAGGAAGUACUCCGUCUGGAUCGGUGGUUCUAUCCUUGGUUCCCUCUCAACUUUCCAGGCUAUGUGGAUUUCCAAAGACGAGUAUGAAGAAUCUGGUCCCGGCAUCGUGCACCGGAAAUGUUUCUAGGAUACUCUUUUAUUUGAUGGGUUAGAAGUGACCUUCAGUGUUGAACUUGGUUUCUGUAAUGUUAGUCACAAAAAAAGGAGAAAAUAAAUGGAUUUUUUAACUUUGUCACUAUUUUCGACCUACAGUUAGUAAUGUCUUAAAAGAAGAAAAUCAUUACGAAGUUUGAAGUGUAUUAGGGUUUCAGUGAUGUAUAUUUGUCUCUUUUGUAAAUCUAAUAAUAAAGUGUUCAAUUAUCUAAACGAAACUUUAAAUUUAGAUUAAUUUACAUGUAUUCCGUCUGAUUCAUAGUAUCAUUUACACGGGCAAAACAGAAUAAAGAUAUCUAAUA